ACCAUACAUGUCCUCAGUGCAGGAGGCCGGCGGCCUUUUUCUUGUAGACCAGUCUGGCAGCUGCAGCAGCAAUUGGUUCCCUGGCCGUGACGUCAGGAGCGGCGGCCAUUUUCCCCUGGUCUGAGCUCCGUCUAGCAUCUACCGUUCACAAAAGGCAACAGGAGCAGAGAGCAGCCAUUGCUGAGUCUGGCAGCAGGAUUACCCAGUAGUGAAGAAGACAUCCGGUGAGUGUGAGACACCCAGCAGCCGUCCUCGUGUAUCAGAAAGACUGAGCAGUACCCACAGCCCCAUCCCGGUGCCUCCACCUCACUCACUGACACAUGUGAGGCACAAUGACCAGAAGAUCCUGGAACUCACCAACAAGAUCAUUCAGCUGCUGACUGGAAAGGAGGGCGAGUAUAUAGAGGAACACAGGGGUCUGUACUAGGACGUGAUGAUGGAGAAACACCGGCCCCCCACAUCACUGGAUGGGCCCAGUAACAGAGAUACCCCAGAGAGAUGUCCCCGUCCUCUGUAUUCCCAGGACUGUACAGAGGAGAAUCACAGGACCCCACAGGAGGAUCAGGGUGAAGAUCUGACUGAUAUUAAGAUAGAAAUUAUAGAGGGAGAAGAAGAGACGUAUGUGACUGAUAUGAAGGGAGUAGAAGAGACGUAUGUGACUGAUAUGAAGGGAGAAGAAGAGACGUAUGUGACUGAUAUGAAGGGAGAAGAAGAGACGUAUGUGACUGAUAUGAAGGGAGAAGAAGAGACAUAUGUGACUGAUCUGAAGGCAGAAAAUACAGAGGGAGAAGAAGAGACGUAUGUGACUGAUAUGAAGGCAAAAGAUACAGAGGGAGAAGAAGAGAUGUAUGUGACUGAUAUGAAGGCAGAAGAUAUAGAGGGAGAAGAAGAGACGUAUGUGACUGAUAUGAAGGCAGAAGAUAUAGAUGGAGAAGAAGAGACGUAUGUGACUGAUAUGAAGGGAGAAGAAGAGACGUAUGUGACUAAUAUGAAGGCAGAAGAUAUAGAGGGAGAAGAAGAGAUGUAUGUGACUGAUAUGAAGGCAGAAGAUAUAGAGGGAGAAGAAGAGACGUAUGUGAGGGGUGAUCAGCAGUGUAAGGAGGAGGAAAUCCCUACAGAUAUCAGCACAGAUGGACCUAGUAACAGAGAUACCCCAGAGAGAUGUCCCCGUCCUCUGUAUUCCCAGGAUUGUACAGAGGAGAAUCACAGGAUCCCACAGGAGGAUCAGGUUGAAGAUCUUACAAAUAUAAAGGGAGAAGAGACGUAUGUGACUGAUAAGAAGGCAGAAGAUACAGAGGGAGAAGAGACGUAUGUGACUGAUAUGAGGGCAGAAGAUAUAGAGGGAGAAGAGACGUAUGUGACUGAUAUGAGGGCAGAAGAUAUAGAGGGAGAAGAAGAGACGUAUGUGACUGAUAUGAAGGCAGAAGAUAUAGAGGGAGAAGAAGAGACGUAUGUGACUGAUAUGAAGGCAAAAGAUAUAGAGGGAGAAGAAGAGACGUAUGUGACUGAUAUGAGGGCAAAAGAUAUAGAGGGAGAAGAAGAGACGUAUGUGACUGAUAUGAGGGCAGAAGAUAUAGAGGGAGAAGAAGAGACGUAUGUGACUGAUAAGAAGGCAGAAGAUACAGAGGGAGAAGAGACGUAUGUGACUGAUAUGAGGGCAGAAGAUAUAGAGGGAGAAGAAGAGACGUAUGUGACUGAUAUGAAGGCAAAAGAUAUAGAGGGAGAAGAAGAGACGUAUGUGACUGAUAUGAGGGCAGAAGAUAUAGAGGGAGAAGAAGAGACGUAUGUGACUGAUAAGAAGGCAGAAGAUACAGAGGGAGAAGAGACGUAUGUGACUGAUAUGAGGGCAGAAGAUAUAGAGGGAGAAGAAGAGACGUAUGUGACUGAUAUGAGGGCAGAAGAUAUAGAGGGAGAAGAAGAGACGUGUGUGACUGAUAAGAAGGCAGAAGAUACAGAGGGAGAAGAGACGUAUGUGACUGAUAUGAAGGCAGAAGAUAUAGAGGGAGAAGAUGAGACAUAUGUGAGGGGUGAUCAGCAGUGUAAGGAGGAAGACAUCCCUACAGGUAUCAGCACAGCUGGAUGUAACAGAAGAAAUAUAUUGGCUGAACGUCCCAUUGCAUCUUCAGAUUGUGAAAUUGAAGAUAAUGAUAUCAUGCGAGAUUCCCUGGAAAACCCAGUGAUUCCAAUUGUACGUCCAGUACCUCACAGUGCAGAUGUAUCCUCUGUUGCCUCUAACCAAGAGCAAUGUUUUCCUGAUACCACAGAUGUUGCUCCAUCUAUCACAGCUCUUAGAGUAGAUAAGAUGUUUCACAGUUCUGUAGAUGACAACUGUUUUACACAGAGCACAAAGCUUAUUACCCAUCAGCCACCUCAGACAGGUGAGAGGCCAUUUCCAUGUUCUGAGUGUGGGAAAUGUUUUACACAGAAAUCACAUGUUGUUAAACAUCAGAAAAGCCACACAGGCGAGAAACCAUUUAGUUGCUUUGAGUGUAGGAAAUCCUUUACACACAAAACCGCUCUAAUUCAAUAUAAGAGAACGCACACUGGUGAGAAACCAUUUCCAUGUUCUGAGUGUGAGCAAUGUUUUGCACAAAAAUCAACUCUUGUUAUACAUCGGAGAGACCACACAAGUGAUAAGCUAUUUCAAUGCUCUGAGUGUGGGAAAUGUUUUACUCUCAAAUCACAGCUUGUUAGACAUGAGAGAUACCAUACAAGUAAGAAAUCAUUUCCAUGCUCUGAGUGUGGGAAAUGUUUUAUACAGAAAUUACAUCUUGUUAUACAUCAGAGAAGUCACACAGGUGAGAAACCAUUUCCGUGCUCUGAGUGUGGGAAAUGUUUUACUAAUAAAUCAGCUCUAAUUCAUCAUGACAGAACUCACACUGGUGAGAAACCAUUUCCAUGCUCUGAGUGUGGGAAAUGUUUUGCACAAAAAUCAGCUCUAAUUGAACAUGAGAGAACUCACACUGGUGAGAAACCAUUUCCAUGCUCUGAGUGUGGAAAAUGUUUUGCACACAAAUCAGCUCUAAUUGAACAUGAGAGAACUCACACAGGUGAGAAACCAUUUCCAUGCUCUCAGUGUGGGAAAUGUUUUGCACAGAAAACCGCUCUAAAUCAACAUAAUAGAACUCACACUGGUGAGAAACCAUUUCCAUGUUCUGAGUGUGGGAAAUGUUUUGCACAAAAGUCAGGUCUCAUUAGUCAUCAGAAAAGUCACACAGGUGAGAAAUCAUUUCCAUGUGCUGAGUGUGAGAAAUGUUUUAAACACAAAUCACUGCUUGUUACACAUCAGAGAGGUCACACAGGUUAGACGACAUUUUCCUACUCUGAAUGCGGGAAAUGUUUUACACAAAAAUCAACUCAAUAUUUUUAGAGAGGAUAUUCUAGGGUUACCUUCCAGUCCCCCUGACAGCAGCAGCGGAGGGAAGUUUCCUUUCCCUGCUGCUGCUAACACUGUUUAUCUGACUGGUCGCAUUCUGUGCGACCAGGUCAGAUAAGACACUUGCUGGUGUGGUCGCUUCUGAUGUCCCCAUGCCAGGCAAGUGGUUAAUGAGCGUAUCAGCCUGCCUUUUAUAGGAAUCUCAAAAUCUAUAUAAAUACAUAUUAACAUACGUGUCAUUCUGUGAGUAUAUAUCAAUCAAUAUUUUUUAAAACGGAUUUUUCUCCGGCAGGGUCAACAGGUUAUCCA